UCCCAGCGAGAGAAGAAAAGAAGCGAAGACGAAACCCUGAACAUCCCCGCGAACAUUUCGAAGAGCCUAGGCCAACCCUAGUGGGUGCACAUAUCAGUGAUUGGGUGGGUUACGCCCCUAUUUCCCAGGUGUAUCAUGUCUGACAACGCUGACCGGGAGUUUGAGGCCGCCAUGGAUUUCCAACCCGACCCUUGGGCCUUACAAUCCAUCCUAACUUCGGCCGGAUUAGCCUCCGGCACGCUUCAACCCCAAUUCAAAGCUGGGCCUGUGUCUCAUUCCGGUUUGACUCCAGCGGGUAAGUUGCCCAAGCACUACAAGAUCGUCCAGCAACGCUUCGACUGCUUCCAAGCGCCCCAAGGGCACGUCUUCUUUCGACCCAAAACGCCCAACAGUCGCACCAAACCCCCCGGGCUGCAGGGGGCGAGUGCUGGGUCGCGGCAACGAGCUUGGGAUCGAGGAGUGGCCCUUUCGGGGCGACCCAAGCGAGUAGAACCCACGCCAGCGCCCUUGGCUCCUCAAACAGAGAACAAAAGUCGACCAGGUUGGCCCCUGAAUCGAGUCCCGGUCUAUUUGUCCAGCAUUUCCGAGAGGAAAACGCUCCUCCCGCCCGGCAUCGAAAUAAACGGGGUCAAGCGGGAAUCGCUGGCACGAAAAGCUUUGGACUUUGGGGGCCCAGUUCAGGCAGGUCCGGCGGAGAAGGAGAAUAAUGAUCCCAGUUCCGCCGAUCGGAUUCGACUUCGCGAGAGUAUUUUGGCUCUACCGCGUCCCAGUCUGAGUGGCUGGCUCCGGGCUAGUUUAACCCCGGCUGAGUUGGAUCGUAUGUUUGAGGAUGAUUCUACCGAAUCCUUUGAAGCUUGGGAGAAGCGACUCAAGACCCCCAAAAAGGCUCUGGUUCCCUCGACCAUGGCUAAUAAGGCUAAGACAAAUCCUACCCAGGCUCACCUGGCUAACACUAGCCCUGCCCAAAGCUCGGAGGUCGAUUUGGUACGGUCACCUGACCCGACCGGAUUCUUGGCACGGUUAGCCGCGGAAAUGGACCCUACUGCUUGCCCCACAUUUCCUUUAACGCCCGUUUCUGCCUCUGAAUCCAAGCUAUCAUCCCCGAGACCUUCGCCUCUCUCCAAGUUGGACCCGCCUUCAGUUGAUGAGGACUCAACUUGUGCCCUCGAGGUCGAGGUCACACUGGAAAACCAGGUGUCGGCUGAGUCGAACUUGGCCUCGCCGGGACCACCCUCGCCGGUUUUUGAGAUUGUUUAUGAAGGGCCUGAACUGCCCCCCACCUUAGAGAGCAAACUUGAGCGUUCCAAGAGCUUGGGAGAUGUUUCCGUUGUUCUAGCUCGUGAUGGAGAUGCUAUUUCGGAUGGAGCCGAACACCGCUCGCCGAUGAAGACUGCUUUGAGUGAGAGUGAUUUGACUGAGGCCCGGUCCACCCAAGAUUUAUUGCUCGAGGCAUUGCAAGCCCAUCAAGAUUUCAUGGCUGAACAAGAUCUCAUUCAAAAUCAAAUCAACGCCUUAAUGAGUCAGGCCCAAACUCGUCGAUCCGAGUUCCGGGGCCUGUGGGGGGUUAGUCCCCGCAGCAUCUCGCAACUUCGCUCCGUGAAGACUGUCCUGGGCCACCAUAAGGUCCAGUUCUCGCGUACCACAGAUCCAAUCAGUCCUGAUGCCACCUCUUCUUCCACAGCCAAGGCCACGGAGGAAAGCGACUUGGUGUUUUCUCCCCAAUUAGAGCCUUUGGAACGGGUCUUUGGUGACUUGGAACGCGAUCUGGAUCAGGACGAGGAUCAAACCAUGUCCUUCGAAGAUAUGGAUAUCACUCCUUGCCGUGGUUUGAUGGUUCGGAACAAGAAAUCGGUUCAUUUUGCGGCCACCACGCCCAUUCGUCAUGUCAUAACCCCCUCACCCUCGCCAAAACAAGUCAAAGUGAGUGUCCCACUAAUGAUGGGACGAAGGACGAUGGACCACGAAGGCCACAAGUCUACAUCAUUCUUGUUUACCCCUAUGCCGAAAUACGGCAAAACCAUGAGCCGGUCCGUAAUGGAAGGAGCGGGGGACGAAGACGAGGACUCGCUCAAGAUCCACAUGAACACGCCCAUGGCCUUGGAGAGCCUUUCCCAAAAGGUUCAAGCGGAAUUGGCCUUGCUCUACGAGGACGAAACGAAAAAGGAUUUUGUAGACGCGCGCGAAAAUCUCGACUUCGACGAGUAGCCGUUUGCGUUGUCUGUGAGCAAGAUCUUGAUCCAUUAAUGAAAAUAAAGACGAUCGUUAUAUUUUUCUUUAA